CGCGCGGGGUGAAGGGGCAGCGGGAGGCGGCGCCAUUUUGUGAGCGGGUGUUGGCGGUGCGGCCCCCCCCCCCCCGCCCCCCUCGCGGCCGGGCACGGCCGGGAGCCGCUGCCUGCAGAAAGGAGGAACUGAGAAACUGGAGGUAUGCAUAAAACACAUAUGUCUUGAGAGGAGAGACCAUUGUGCCAGCAGCGUUCCUUCCACCAAUUCUGCGGAAGACGGAUAGUUUGUUCCCUGUACUCUGUUCCAGAUGCUUCAUGCUGAAAAUAGAGUAAGGCUCUCGGACUGUCAGGACGAAAUAAAAACUGAACGAUAUUCUAAAAGAAUGAAGUCAGCAGAAGGGACUUAUGAGAAACUCCCUGAUGAUGAAAACCAAGGUAUUCAGGAGGAGGUAGAUGCUGAGAGAACAUCAAGUGAUUGGAUACCAGCAUAUGCCUCAGAUAAUCAAGGGCAACAUGAAAUGCAGAAGCAAGAGAAAAUACUGACUGAUGUCUUGGGGUCAUUGAAUGAAGUUCUCCCAGAAAAUAAUCCAGUGCUUAGUCAGCCAGUUGAUUUAGAAACUGUGCAGAAUGUAAAUCCUCCAUUUGCAUCAAUAAAUGACUCUAAAGUUCAAGAAGAGAAAGACCCUUUUAUUACGAAUAAUGCCGGUGAAGAUAAUACUAAAAAAAGUAGUACCUCAUUAUCAAUAAAUAGAAAUGCAUCAGAUGAAGAUUUUUUUACAAGCAAAGAAUUUAUAGGACCUAUUUACAAACCUGCCAAAAGUAACAAACAGAAUGAAUCUGUCAGUUGCAAUGAAUGUGGAAGCAGUGGGGGAGAUGAGAAUGAAUUACAUGAUAACACACCUAAAAGAAAGGAGGCUAAGAAGAUGCAGGCUAUUUCUGCCACUGUACCAGAAAUAGAUGAUGAACUGGACCAGUUCUAUAAAGAAAUUCACCAGCUGGAAAGUGAAAAUUUAGAUACUAAUCCUCAGGAAAAAGAAACUGAAAUUUCUCAGGAUCAACAGUCUCCAUAUAAUUGCAGUCCAAGCUCACAAGAGGACUGUCAACACGUAUUGUUGGACAGCCCACAGCCAUCGUAUGAGAAUGGACAGAGUUUUCUUGGGGAACAGAACAGUCAGAAAACAAGCAAUGAGCAGCAGUUUGUUGUGGAAACAGAUGGCUGGAAAACUGAAAAUACCUUUAAUGACCAAGUAGAUACUAAAUAUUGGAACUGCUCAGUGCCUGAAUUCAGACCUGCUUGGCAGACUAGAGCAUCUUUCACAGUACCUCAGAGACCUCUUCUUCCUAGAUUCAACCAUCAAUCCCAUUUUCAGACACUUACUUCCCCACCACAGAUCCCAGAUGCUCUCCCUUUUCGAAAUGGGGAACUUUCUUAUGAAAAUCGUCAUAGUAAUUAUAGAAAUAUUGGUAUCAACAAUCAUGGUCCAUUGCUUGAUCAAAAUACCAGCUAUGCUAGUCAUAGUGACAUCCAUACUACUCAGGUCUUCAGAAAUGAAAAUAAUGACCAGAAGGGACUCCAAAAUAGUGGUUUCUGUGAAACCAAAGAAGAGUGUCGGAAGGAUCCAAAAGCUGACAAUAUAGAAGGAAUGCACAGCUUUUCUUCCUUGCAGUUAUCCGAAGAAAGAUUUGGUUGUGCACAAAAAUUUCUUCUAAUCUUAAGAGGCUUACCUGGUUCAGGGAAAUCUACACUUUCUCGCAUUCUGCUUGGUCAGAGUUGUGAUGGCGUUGUACUCAGCACCGAUGAUUAUUUCCGUCAGUGGGAUGGAUACACAUAUAAUGCUGCUCAGCUUGGUGAUGCCCAUGAAUGGAACCAGAAGAGAGCAAAGCAAGCAAUGGAGCAGGGAAGAUCUCCAGUUAUAAUAGACAACACUAAUACUCAAGCCUGGGAAAUGAAACCGUAUGUGGAAGUGGCUCUAGAAAAAGGUUACAGAGUGGAAUUCCAUGAACCAGAUACUUGGUGGAAGUUUGAUCCUGAAGAAUUAGAAAAGAGGAAUAAACAUGGGGUCACUCGUGAGAAGAUUGCUCAGAUGUUGGAACGAUACGAAUAUCAAAUAUCUAUACCUAUUGUCAUGAAUUCAGUGGUACCUCCCCACAAAAACAAUCAAAGACCACCUCUACAGCGAAGACAUAGGGAGACAAAUUUAAGGACAAUCACUGGGUACCCGUCGACAAAAGCAAAGCAGAAGAAAAAGCGAAAAAGAAGCAAAACAAUGGAAAGUAAUCACACAGAAAUUAUGAAGAAAAUGUUACAUGGAGUAGAUUGUUAUCCAGCUCCAGGUGACCAGGACAGAUCAGAAAGUGAGGAGGAGGAUGUGGAAGAAGAAAACAGCAAACCACUGUGUACAUUCAGCAAAGGUCCAGAGGAUCCAGUUUGUGAAGAGCAGCCUAACAGUGAUGAUGAAAGCCUAAGAGAAGCUGCAGCGGUUUCAAGAGAAAGGUUUCUGGUUGCUGUGCCUGAGGUCUCAACAAUGUCAAACAGUGCACUGAAAAAUGAAUUGCCUAUAGAAAGUGACAGUUCACUCCUAAUAGAUGUAACACCUUUUUCUACUGAAAACCUAACCAAAAGUGCCGAUGAUGAGGAAGCAAAUCAGAGGCAAAAAGAAAAUCUUUGCAGAAGCAGUUUCCUAAAAAUAAGCAAUGAUGAAAAUUCCAUCUAUGAAACAGAAGGCAUCUCUGAAGAUUAUGAAACAUCACUGUUAAGCACAGAAGACAAACUGGAAUCAUGUCAAAUUACAUGUGAACCUGACUUGGAAGCUAAGCUGAUAAGUUUAAACAGUGAAGAAAAAGAAAUCUCUCAGUGUUACAAUUUAAAUGAUGUGCCUGAUAAUAACACAGAGGGCAAAGGUGCAUUAAAAGAAGAAAAGACUAGCCCUAAUGCCUGGGCCUCUUUUUCAGUUAAUUUAUCUACUGAGGAAUUGCAGCUGGGCGCUGAUACACAAGUUUCUCUCUCUCCUUGGUCCGAGGAUAAAUUUGUAGGUGAACAAAGACCCCAAAAAAUGAGGAACCCCAAACCCACUCAGACAAACAGUUCAGCACAGCUAAACUGUGAUCAGUCAAAGGAAGGAUUGGUAAAGGAGAAACAUUAUGAAACAGAAACUGAGGAGUUUGGCAACAUAACAAGCAAUGGUCUGUCUGCAUCUCCAGCUGGUGAAGUGCACUUUGAUUCCUUUGUGGAAUCCAGGGCCACCUUUGUGCAGUGUUCAAGUGAAGUAAACGUUUCAAUAAAUGAUGCUACACCAAUUAUAUUGAGAAGGAAAAGGUGCAGGAGAAUUGUCAACUUAGCACCAAAGUUUAACCUACCAAGAGAGAUUGCUGAUCAUACAGAAGGAGGGAAGGAAGUCCCAGUAAAAGAAGACUUUCCCCAAGAAAGUGUUUUGGACGUGAGGCAAGAGAACUUUCUAAGCAAGGACCAUGGAGAGGCACAAGCACAGGACUCUGCAUUGCAGGAAUAUUUUGCACCUUACAAUGACACCGAGGCAACCUCUUCCUUACCCGAUGCUGAUGCUCUGUUACAUGGUAUUUCUCCCAUUCAUUCAGGACAAUAUUCUCCUAUAUCAAAAUAUUCCUGCAGUGUUUGUGUAGAAUCCAGAACAGAGGAGGAGCAAGCUACAACUCUAAAGCUGCAAGAGGUAGCUGAUAAAACAGAGGACGAGAGUGAACAAGUUUCUUCAGAGGUUACACACUGCCAACCAGAUAUUUUGUCUUCUGUUAAAGUUGUUUCUGAAUAUCCAGAAGAUUCCAGUAUAUUGGCAAGCUGCAGUGAAAAGGUGAAUGAAGCAGAUGACCCUGAACCAGCAGAGGCCUCACAACUUGAAGAUAAUCAAGAUGUGGAUGUGAAAUGUAGUUUUCUGGGACUUCCCUUAUCAUUAGGAUUUGCUUUUCAACUUGUGCAGCUCUUUGGUUCUCCAGGUCUUCCACUGGAAUCCUUGUUGCCAGAUGAUUUUAUAGUUCCUCUUGACUGGAAAGUUUCAAAGAUGAUCUAUUUACUGUGGAAGACCUCUGUGGAGGAAAAACAGAAAGCAAAUGGAUUGCAGAAUGGAAACAGCUUGACUGAUGAUAUUAUUAUUAGUCUUGAAGAUCUAAAUAAAAAUCACCAAGAGAAUCAAGAUUCUUCUGAAACAUUUCCAGACAUGGAGCUGUUUCAAGGGAUGAUAGAAGAGAACAUCAUGACCUGCACUAGCACUGGCUGUCUGGAUGCUGCAUUUCAUCAGUCAUGACUGACCAUCUUAAAUUCUGCAUAAACAGAAACUUCUCGCUUUGAUUCCACCAUGAAAGGACUUGUUGGCCACCAAGGAUUUUAAAUGUGAGGGAUAACAUGGAAGAAAGAAACUCCUGUAGCUUUUUUUUUAUUUUCUUUGUCUGUCUUCUCUCCCACAGCCCCCCAACAUCAACUUUUCUGUCCAUGUAAUAAUGAUCAAAAAUGAGAUAACUUUGGGUAUGGCAAAAUGUCACUUUCUGAAGCCAUUUGGGAUUUACAUAUUUAUAUAUAUUUAUAGAUGUUUCUCUAAACAACCUCAAGUGUGGUACAACCAGUUUGAGAGCGGAGACCAGAAGCAUCUGUUGCCAUGAGGUGUGAGCUUCAGGCUCUGGUACUUAAUUCAUUUGUAUGGGGAUCUAAGAUGUUGCCACACAGUGAUGCUUGCCUGCAGGGAAAGGUGCCUGUUACAUGUGCCUACUUCUGCCUUUCACCCUGUCAGUCAUAAUUACAUCCUAGUCCCUUUACAACCUCAAGUGGAAUAAAUCUUCAUCAGUCACUCCUAAUCAUUCAUCCAGGGAUUGAAUGAUUACCUUCUUUUCUCCUGAAAUGAGGCUUUAUGCUUCCCUUCAGCUAGACUCAUUUGGGACUACAGAAAUAAGAAAAUUUCACUGUAGACCUGAUUCAAACACACUGGAGAAGGGAUGUAUAUGGUUUGUGGUAGACUGAGAAGAUGUAUAACUAGCACUAGUAACUAAUGAUUUGAUGUUUCUUUUAGAGGUAUUAGAAAUAUUUACAUAUGCAGAAUGAGCUAAAUUAUAAUUAAUUAUGAAGAGCAACCUCUGUCAAUUAUGAGGCAUGCAUGAGGCUGGACAUUCCUUUGUAGGGAGGAGAGACAUAAAAGACAAUUGUCACCUCAAUGAACUAUGAAAAGUGUGAGAAAAGAUGAAUGAGAAGAAGAGAAGCAAGGAAACUUAGGUUACGUCUACUUGUCAGAUAUAUUUUCCACUUCCGCAGCUUGCAGAUCCAGAAUAUUUAUCCAUUUGUUCAUUCAACUCCUCUUCCUCACUUUUUCCUGCACCUGCUUCAUUAUGCACCACCUGACUGCACUCAUGCUGAAGCUCCACUACAGUCUAAAUUGCCAAUGUGUCUCCACUUUCUCCCUAAAGGCUGCACCUACAUAUGAGCACUUAACACUGUAUGCAUUUCUAAAUUAAUGUUGUACUAUCAGGGAAACUUACUGACCACACUGUCUUAAUGCAUUUCCCAGAUACAUGUGUGUGUUUUCCUUGGCUGGGAAUGUGCUGCUCUCCUACCAGCAGAACAUUAUACAAAAUGCAGUGGGGAGGAGGAAGGUAAUUCAUGCCAGCUCUAACUGCAGCUUCAGACUUAGGUGAGGUACCAGUGGCAGCAGAAAAGUUAGUUUGAUUUCAAGAAAAUGUCACUCAAGGAUUAAUCCUGUCUUCCUACUUCUGUUUAUUGAGAGAGAAAUCUGAAUGCCUUCAUUUUCUCUUACUGGAUACUGACCUUACGGAAGGCUUAAAAUAAAAUACAUUUUCAAAUUCUCACAGUAUUCUUGUACGGACAAAUCAUGUUAUGUCUCCUAGGAGGUUGUUGCCAAUUUCAGUUUACUGUAACCCUCCCCUCCACAGUAUCUAUGAAUUUCAAAUUUUAUGAAUCUUUUUUUCCUGCCACUUUUUUUCCCACUUGCUUCAGCUUCAGUUAGCAUUGGUGCGCCAUGUGCCCAGGAGCUAAGCUUUCUCCCCAUACAUGAACCCUCUCCUUAGCACUAUUGGCAAACGUCAGAACCUAAGGCUUCAGCCUUGAGGGUUGGUGGCGGUGUGUCCCUGUGGCAUACCUGAGGCUGGCUUCUAACCAAGCUGGGGUUGACGCUGUGUGUUGUUCUGAGAGGGAGAGUGUGGUACCACACCAACUGUUUUGGGGUUUAUUAGAAAUUAUAAUUUCUUUUGCUUCUGUAGUGAUCAAGUUAAUGCAGAUCAGGUCUUCUUUAGAGGAAAUAAAUCUUGUUAAACUU